CAAGAAGUGAGGACGUGAUUUCGAGUGCGUUCCUCGCGCGAAGCCGAAAACCAGCAGCUCUUCUCGGGUUUUUUCUGAAGAUUUCCGCAAAGUUUGAGCUUUAGAUUAUCGCUGCUCAGCCGGAGACCACUUGUUAGGAAUUUUACGGGAACAUGGCGCAGAAGAGGAAUUCAAAAAGUCACACAAAAAAAGAGAUGAAGGCGGCGCCGAUGGACAGCAAGACCGGCAGAAAGACCGAGGACAGAGGAGGAGGAGGAGGUCCGAAGUUCUCCAUGCUGACCUGGUUUGUGGUUCUGGCUCUGCUGGGGGUCUGGAGCUCCGUGGCCGUGCUUUACUUCCACGUCGUGGACUACGACAGCGUCAUCGCGAGAGCUCAGGAGUUUCACAAGAACUUUUCUCAAGUUUUACAAGGUAAACUGGCGUCCUACGACACCGACGGAGACGGAGACUUUGACGUGGACGAUGCCAAAGUUCUGCUCGGACUGAAGGAGGCCAAGACUCUGAAGGAGGAAGGUUCACCUGGAGAGAACACAGAAACCAGCGGUCCUGAUGCUGCAGCACCGGCUCGUGGAGAUGCAGAUCAACAGAACAACGACCCGCUCAAGGUCACGUCACCUGAAGCAUCGAGUGAACCAGCCUCUGGAUCUCAGGAUGUGGAGUCUGAAAUCCAAGCUGCCGUUCCUCUGCCUCCACCGGUGGAAGACGACUUUGUUCCUGAUGAUCCAGACGACAGCGGACAUACUUAUGAGGAGGAAACCAACACCAUCGACAGCACAGGAGUUCUGCUGAAGGAGCGGCAGCCGGAGGAGAGCAUCAUGGAGUCGGGUCGGUACCAGACGAGCUCCAAACUCACACAGGAAGCAGAAGCAGAGGAGCGUCCAGAACCAGAACCACAGACUGAGGCGGUCAGACCCACAGAGGACCUUCAGGAGAAUGACGGACGAACAGAGAAACAGGCUGAGGAGCUGAAAGAAAAAGUAAAGAAGAAAAAAACAAAACUUAUGAACAAGUUGGAUAAAACCAUUAAAGCAGAAAUCGAUGCAGCAGAGAAGCUUCGUAAAAAGGGGAAGCUGGAUGAGGCUCUGAAAGCGUUUGAUUCCCUGGUGCGACAGUAUCCGCUUAGCCCCCGCGCUCGCUAUGGCAAAGCCCAGGCAGAGGACGAUGGGGCGGAGAAGCAGCGCAGCAACGACCUGCUGCAGCAAGCCAUCAACACCUACGGAGAGGUCGCCGAGCUGCCCGAUGUGACCUCUGACCUCCUGAGAGCUGCUCUGAAACGACGAGCUGAAAGGCAACAGUUCCUCGGUCGAAUGCGAGGGUCUCUGGCCACGCUGCAGAGACUCGUUCAGGUUUUUCCGGAAGACGUCGGCCUGAAGAACGACCUGGGCGUUGCCCACCUGUUGCUAGGCGACAACAAGGGCGCCAAGCGGGUCUUUGAAGAGAUACUGACCGUUGCCCCUGACAACGGCUUUGCUAAAGUUCACUACGGCUUCAUCCUGAAGGCGGAAAACAAGAUCUCAGAGAGCAUACCGUACCUGAGGGAAGGUCUGGAGUCCGGCGAGCCGGGGACGGACGACGGGCGGUUCUACUUCCACCUGGGUGACGCUCUGCAGAGAGUCGGAGACGACAGCGCGUAUCACUGGUACGAGCUGGGCCACAGACGGGGACACUUCGCCUCAGUGUGGCAGAGGUCUCUGUACAACGUGGAUGGACUGAAGGCUCAGCCCUGGUGGACGCCCAAAGAGACGGGAUACUCGGACCUGGUGAAGAUGCUGGAGAGGAACUGGAAGACCAUCAGGGACGAGGCUCUGGCUGUGAUGGACCGGGACAGUGGACACUUCGUCCCCGAAGAGGAGAACCUCAGAGAGAAAGGGGACUGGGGCCAGUACACGCUCUGGCAACAAGGGAGGAGGGUAGGGACGGCCUGUCAGGGGGUCCCAAAGACCUGCGCCCUCAUAGACCGGUUCCCCGAGGCCACGGGCUGCAAGAGAGGACAGAUAAAGUUCUCGGUGAUGCAGCCAGGAACCCACGUGUGGCCCCACACUGGACCCACAAACUGCAGACUGAGGAUCCACCUGGGCCUCGUGAUCCCCAAACCGGGCUGCAGGAUCCGCUGCACUAACCAGACCAGGGAGUGGGACGAGGGGAAGGUCCUGAUCUUUGACGACUCCUUCGAGCACGAGGUGUGGCAGGAGGCCGACAGCUACCGCCUCAUCUUCAUUGUGGACGUGUGGCACCCGGAGCUGACCCAGUACCAGCGCCAGACCCUGAGCCCCAUUUAGACCCCCUCAGGACCACUAAAAGAUCAGUUCUACGGACUCAGACCCGGUUCUCCUUUUUGGAGUCUGAGGAGACCCGGUUCUGUUGAAGGACCAAACGUCAGGCUGAAGAAAAUACUACUGACUCCACGUCAAACGGAACCGGACGGGAUUCGUCUGGUUCUGGUUCUGGUUCUGGGCCCCAUGAUUCAUCUCGUACCAGAUUUAAACACUAAAAACUUCAAACCAGGUGAAGGAUUCAGUUUUUCACAAAUUAAAAGCAUUUUUUAUGUUGACUGCAGAAAGCCUGGAACUGAUUUGGACCCAUGUGGGUUCUGUCAGAA